UUUGCUUCUCACUCAUCAGUACCCAACAUUCCUCUCCUCCCCCUCUCAUAUUAAAUACCACCACACAAACACAUAAUUUUCACAAGUCUUCUUCUCCUCCCUCGGCAUCAAUCAAUUCCUUUUCAGUUUAACUUCUCUUUCUUCUAACUAACAACCCCCCUUAAAUUUCUCUAUCUCUUUCUCUGAACUAUUGGAGGAAGAAGUCCUGUUUCAAUCUCUCCCUGUCUGGUCUCUUUGAAUUCCAUAGGAAAAACAAGGAAAUGACGAAGCAGAGUGUAAUGGUUUCAGAACCACAAACUGCAGGGAUUAACAAUAUGAUGGAGAUUGUAGCAAAAUCAUCUUCUCUGUUCUCAUCAAUGGAGAUGAAUACUGAUAAUGGUUAUAACUUUGCGAUAAAGAAACAGUUUUUAAAGAAACUUGAAACAAGUGUAGUUGGUGUUGACAAAGGAACAACAAGAAUCAAUGCUUGGGUUGAUUCAAUGAGAGCUUCUUCUCCUCCUCGUCUCAAUUCGACAAUGGACAAUGACCAAUCAUGGAUGAUGCAGCAUCCAUCUGCCUUGAACAUGUUUGAUGAAAUUAUCAAUGCAUCAAAAGGGAAACAAAUCGUAAUGUUUUUGGAUUAUGACGGUACUCUUUCCCCAAUUGUUGCCGAUCCUGAUCGCGCUUUUAUGUCUGAAUCGAUGAGAACAGCUGUAAGAGAUGUAGCAAGGUACUUCCCAACUGCAAUUGUGAGUGGAAGAAGCAGAGAUAAGGUUUAUAGCUUUGUACAGUUAGCAGAGCUAUAUUAUGCAGGAAGCCAUGGUAUGGACAUUAAAGGUCCAGCCAAAGGUCCCAGAAAUAACAAAACUAAUAAACCUGUCCUAUUCCAACCAGCUAAUGAUUUUUUACCCUUGAUAGAUGAGGUUACCAAAAUUUUGAUUGAGAAAGUUCAAUCAACCCCAGGAGCAUUGGUGGAAAACAACAAAUUUUGUGUUUCUGUUCACUUUAGAUGUGUAGAAGAGAAGAGAUGGAAUGAUUUGGCUGAGCUAGUUAGAUCAGUUAUCAAAGAAUACCCUGAACUUAGAAUGUCUCAAGGGAGAAAGGUUUUCGAAAUCCGUCCUACUAUUAAAUGGGACAAAGGCAAAGCCCUAGAGUUUUUACUAGAAUCACUUGGAUAUGCUAAUUCGACCAACGUAUUUCCGAUCUACAUUGGUGAUGAUUUAACCGACGAGGAUGCCUUUAAGGUUUUACGCGAAAGAGAUCAAGGUUUUGGUAUUCUUGUAUCAAAGUUUCCAAAAAACACAAAUGCUUCGUAUUCUUUACGUGAACCAGCCGAAGUUAAGGAUUUCUUGUGCCGAUUAGUAGAAUGGAAACGAUAUUCACGGAGAAUGAUUUCUAGAGUGUAAGGGAAGGGGAAAAGAUUUAUGUCCAACAAGAUGAAAAGGGGUCAAAAUGGCUCAUUGAUCAGUGGAAACAUUAGUUUUUUUUUUUUUUUUUUGUUCUUGUUUAGGAAGAAUAGAAUAGCAGUGAUAGAAGAAAGAAUGAAGUGGCUUUUCUCCUUUGUUUUUCCUUUGGCUUGAAAAGCCCUCUUAGCAGUGAUUACUAGUUUUUACAUGUAAUUAGGGGAGAAAGAUCAAUAAAUGAUAACUAAAAUAUGAAGUAAUUUUGUAUAUGUUGUAUUGUUUACAAAUUACAUGGAAUUUUGUCAUCAGACAACUUGAACCA